AUGGAAGACGACGAGUGGGACGACGCGCUGCUGUUGGAGCUCGCGGCGCUCGAGACACAAGCGCUCGAGACGCAGCGCCAUCAGGAUCUGGUCCACAAGCAUCAACCGAUUGCAGCUGCAGCAGUUUUAAGCACUGAGGCUCUCGACUCGUGGAGCUGUCGGUCGUGCACCCUGCAGAACGAAGCGUCAAGUGUGGCGUGUACUGUGUGCGCCACACCACGCACUCGAUCUGCAGCAGGGAAGAAGACGGUACAAGCCACGCUGUCUUUUGAUGGAAAUGCAGCGGCUGUGGCAACAGCGCGGCCACGUCUCCCGCAAAAAGUGCACCAAGAGGGACAGCAUCUCGCUACUGCUACAAUCGCUGCUGUUGCAACAGCUGCUGCUACAACUGCUGCUGAUUCUACACGAGAGGCAGCUGUUCCUUUGUUGUUAACACCUCGUCAUGCUGCAGGAGAAGACGUUGAUGCGAAAUUGAGGUACUUGGAUGUGGAGACGACAGUGACGUGUCCUCCAAUUGACUGUGAGGCAGCGCAGUAUUUCGUGUAUCCGACGAACUACUCGAUUCGAGACUACCAGUUGACUAUUGCAGAGAAGGCUUUGUACCACAAUACACUUGUGGCACUGCCAACGGGACUGGGUAAGACGCUCGUGGCAGCUGUCGUCAUGUAUAAUUUCUAUCGGUGGUUCCCGACUGGAAAGAUCGUGUUUAUGGCGCCAACGAAACCGUUGGUAGCUCAACAGAUUAAAGCUUGUCAUGAGAUUAUGGGCAUUCCGCUAUCGGACACGGCUGAGCUGCAGGGCAAUGUGCCUCCGACCAUGCGUCGCGUGCUCUGGAAAUCAAGACGAGUGUUUUUCUGCACUCCGCAGAGCUUGCAGAACGACUUGAAUCGAGGCGUAUGUGCUGCAGAGAAGUUCGUGUGCAUUGUGGUGGACGAAGCCCAUCGUGCAACGGGCAACUAUGCGUACUGCUGUGUAGUUCAGGAGAUCGAAGCGAAGACGCAGUUCUUUCGCGUACUAGCACUUUCCGCGACGCCUGGGACAAAGUUCGACGUGAUUCAAGACGUGGUGACCAAUCUGCGCAUUUCUCACAUUGAAUGUCGGUCGGCAGAUGAUUCUGAUGUGAAGAAGUAUACUCACGUUCGUCAAGAAGAGGUGGUCAUUUGUCGUUUAGGAACUCAUAUAUUAGAAGUGAAGGCAAAGUUUAUGAAGUGCUUUACACCGAUUGUUCAGCGGCUCCUUCGUAGUAACAUCAUUCAAUAUGCUGAUCCGGAGAAGCUCACGAGUUGGUAUGUACUACAAGCGCGAGAGAAAUUUCGUAAGAGCCCAAAUUACGAAUCGAACCGCAGCGCUGAGAGUGACCUUGCACUACUGGUAAGUUUGUUGCACGCCAAGAGUCUGUUGACAGGCCACGGACUUAGCAGCUUCCAAGAUCAGAUCACAAACUGGGUCGAGGAACGCAAAAAGGGGAAAAUGUCGUGGUCCAAGAGAGAAAUGUUGCACUCGUCCGAGUUUCAGUCACUUGAGUUGAGCUUGGCGGCGACUGCCAGUACUGACGGCUCUGCCAGCCACCCAAAAUUAAUAAAGCUUCGUGAGGUGCUACUGGAGCAUUUCAAACGUCGUGCAGCAGGAAAAUCCAACACGCGUGCGAUCGUUUUCACCCAGUAUCGAGCAAGCGUGUCCGAAAUCGUUGCGCUACUACGCCCGCUAGCACCUUUACUCAAUGUGCAACCAUUUGUUGGCCAGGGAGCGUCAGGCAAAGCCAAGGAAAACAAAGGGCAGUCGCAGAAGGUACAACAAGAUAUUGUGCGCAGGUUCCGAUCGGGAGACUACAACGUUCUCGUUGCCACGUGUAUUGCAGAGGAAGGUCUGGACAUUGGCGAAGUUGACCUUAUCGUAUCAUUUGAUGCCCUUACUUCGCCGGUGCGAAUGAUCCAGCGCAUGGGCAGAACAGGACGCAAGCGCGUGGGUCGAGUCAUCAUUCUGGUAACGGAGGGUGAAGAGCAAAAGAAACUGGCACGCAGUGCAUCCGCUGCGAAGACUGUGAGUCGUGCCCUUACAACAUUUAAGAGUAGGUUUACGUACUCGAAGUGUCCGCGAAUGCUACCGGCUGGCAUUUACCCACAGCUGAGGGAACUGGCGAUGAAGAUUCCGACUUUCCAUGCAUCGCAAGUUGGCGGCAAAACUGCUUCGGGGGCGGUUGACCCGAAUCUAUGGCAGCUUAGUGAAGCGGAACGAGCCGUGGCAUUGAUGAAAUAUUUCCCACCAAACUUUGCAGCAAGCUCGAGGAAUAGAUUGGAUCCGGUUGUUGCGAGUCGGAGGCAUUUACUGCGUCGCCAACCGCGCUCCUUGGUACGAAAGAAUGUGGGAACUCGAGUGGGCUAUAGCUCGCGCUCACUUAUGUUGCAGGCGCUGGUUCGGAAAAUUCACCGUGUCGAAGCAGUUUUGGAGACAGAGUCAGUCAGUGAAGAUGGCGAAAGUGGUGACGAAAACGGAAACGAGGCUGGCGUGACAGAUUCUAGUAUCGUCGUACUGUCAGAAUCCACAAAGAAGCGUGUCGGUUGUCGCGGAUCCGCACCUUUGAAAAACGAUUGCUAUAGAAUCGGUGUGGAUACGAGCACCGAGCGACCUGAUGGCGAGGCAGGCUCGCCUUCGCGACACAGGAGUGCUCACAGUGAGCUCGAUGGUGAUGCUCAAUACGACAGAUCACUUGCUUUGAUGAAUGAGACUGCGGAUGCUUUCGAUAUGCACUUCAGCCCCCAAUUUGUUGAUGCAGCAACUCAGUCUAUUGAGGGGAGUGAGCGUCAAAACAGGGAUAACAUUCAAGACGGUCAAAAGAAGCAGAUGUCGGAAUGUGCGGACAGUGUUUCGAAAGAGGUGUCCGCUAGUCUCGGCUUGGUAUUUACUAUGAGUACAACAGAGUCCGCAAACAAUGAAGAUAACCCGUGUCGAUCACCGAAUAGGUCUGAAACCAUUCACAUCGGUGUGAAUCAUACUGACAACUUGACGAAGUCUCAUCAGGUGUCUACAGCAUCUCCUUUGGCUGUUGCUUCUGAUCGUCUUCGCCCUCCCUCAAGCUCGUGCGAGGGUGUCUGCUACGAAGAAAUUUCCGGACAGGAGAACGGUUCUUGGUCUACCAAGGUUUCAAGUGCUUCUCGAUCACGUAGCAUGCGGCAAUUGCAAUUCAAUGAGAAUGAAGAUGGUGACCACUCCAUGGACCGAUCACAAAGCACCAAGAUUUUACAGCGAGAAGCUGUUGUGAAAGAAUUUGAAACUGAAGAAGCACCGGAGAAGCAGGACGUGUCGAUAGUGGAAGACGAAGACCAUUCUGGCUUUUCAUUCGCAUUGUUACCAACGGACCCAUGCGCUACUGGUGAGGCGGCUACUAAGUGUGAAACUGAGAGGUCAAUAGCAAACGAAGAUCCGGCCGAGGAAGUAUCUUCUGCUUACUCAUUUGCUUUGCUGCCACCCAUUGACACAAAGAAUGGAGGCACAUCGGACGGUCAUGGUAUCUCGGCAAAGUCAACAGAAGCCGACAGCGAGUACCAAUCCGCUCUGGACAGCACCGAUUUCGAUGAGGUCGAUGGAGCGGACGAGGCGACAAUUGUAGACAAGGACAGGUUGGUGGGCAACAAAAGACGCAUAGAAUCGAACGUACUGAUUGCUACACUAGAGAAAGCGGGGCAUAACGCCGUGGUGAAAGUCAACGAGAAAUCAAUGGUAGAGGGUACACUGAAGCUGUCGGAAACUCGGGCAAAUGACAAUACGCGCACGCCAUCUCAGAGUCAGCUGACAGAAACUGAAUCGAAGCAGGUGGGCGAAGCUUGCUGCUCGAUUUGUCGGGAAAGCGAGUCAUACGAUGACGAUCCGAUUGUGUUUUGCGAUGGGUGCAAUGUGGCAGUCCAUCAGUUUUGCUACGGAAUCAGCGUCGUUCCUAGUGGUAAGUGGUUCUGUGAUUUCUGCGCCGGUACGAGAAAAGUGGCAAAUGCAAACCAACGAGCCUGCCAGCUUUGCCCACUCCGCAAUGGCGCGCUCAAACGGACAAAGUGUGGAAAAUGGGUGCACGUUCAAUGUUUCUUGUGGAUUCCAGAACUUCGAGUGGAGAAUAGCGACGAUGAGUUGCUUGUUCUUGGUGACUUGAGCAUCUUAGACCAAGACCGCAAAACGCUUGAUUGCUCCUUGUGUCACUCGCAGAAGGGAAAUGGAAAGAUCCAGUGCGCAUACAAGAGAUGCUUGACUGCCUUUCAUGUCAGUUGUGCUGCCUUCGCACACUAUCGCAUGGACCAACUGGAUCCUCCAGAUGGUGAAGAAUCGGGAUGUGGAACAUUGUUUUUGGCGUAUUGCUUGCUACAUCGCGAUUCUCGAGCUUCAGCAAUUUUUCCCGUGCAGCCAAACACACCCUUGCCAGUCAAAGCUCGUGACUCCAAGCCUUCAUUAUCUACUGUAGCAAAGCUGUCAUCCCCGAGCCAUUUGUUGGCAUCGCCUCCGUCAGCAGAGGCAAAAAAUAAGUUCAAAACCUUCCGGCGACUAAAGCGCAAGUACGAUGCAACGCAAUCGCAAAUGUUUUCACAGCCGGAAAAGAACAUGUCGCCGUCCACUUCUCCGCCGUGGCAGAAGCACAUCAAGCGGUCGAAGCGGCGACGGGAGACGUCCCGGGUCUUGGCAGCUGCGUAUAUUGAAGAUGCCGCAGAAGUCCGAGGAGAAGCAGGUUGUGACGAUGACGAGGAAGACGACUACGGAGACGAUUACAAAGAAGCAGCUGACGACUCGUUUAUUAACGACUCAUCGCAGCUACUUUAUUCGCAGUCAGUCGUGUCUCCAGAAGACACUGAUCAAGACCAGUCAAGGAAGAAGAAGCGGAAGAAGUCCAGUCCCAACAUGCGCGCUAUAUAUGCGCGAUCACUGUUUGAGUCGCAGAGUUCCCCACUACUGUUGCGCCAAGGCGGGCGACAGUUGGGAACUCUCCCGUCAAAUGGUAUUAUCCAGGCUUGUUUAACUAAGUUGCAGAACUUGAAUGAAGCGGACCCGCUGCUCUCGAGACCACGUUCCUCGUCACGAUUGCUCCAAACAACAGAAGACGUAUCGGGAGCACGAUCAGCGUCACCAGUCCCAAUUUGCGCUUCUGCCGUUGUGAUUGACUCUGAUGAAGACGAUAGUGCCUAUGAAGCCGAACCAUCGCCCAGUUUCGAUCUGCUCGGCUCUGCCAAAUCGCUCCAGAGAUCGAAAGUGCACACUCACGGACCGGAUGAGCAAGACGAGAGCGAUAACGCAAAAACAGCAGAUACUGAAGUAGCUAUGCUGAUCAGUGGCGUGGUUGGCGCAAAACGAUCGCGUGCUGGUGCUGCUAUUACCAAUGUGAUGGACUCAAAAUGUCGCGAAGCAGAAGAACCCGGUCGCGCUCAAUUGAGGGAUAGCUUGCAUGAUAAUGAAGAAGCUGAGCUGCGAAAGAAGGUUGAAGCAAACCGUAUCAAGGCUCUCAAAAAGCUGGGCGAACGCAGGCAAAUGGAGCUCCAGCACGCCCGACUACAGCAUCAACAACAAUUUAACGAAGUGCCUUCGUCAAAAAAUGGCCAGAGGGCCAAUGACUCGAACAGACCCGCUGACGGAUGCGUUGUGACUGGUGCUACUUCGUCCAUGAAGGCGCACGGAAACGAAUCAGGUGCUCGAAAUCACGCAGCGAAAGCGAUCAGGGCACUUAACUCCCCUGUCCCGGAUUUCCAACGUGCCAUGAGUACCAUCGAUCUAACAGGCUCGGAGUCGACGAAACCUAGCCAUUCUCAGCAGGAUCAAUUACCUAAGUGGACCAUCUUCGUCAGUUCGACCUUCGCCAGCUCACAUAGUUUCCCGCACUUUCUGUCAACGAAGUCCACCGGGUGCGCUGUGCUCACCGAUGAUUCAUUGGAGGCAGAUGCUCUUCUGAGCGUUCGUGCGGCAGUGCUGUUCCUCACGGGCCAACAGCUGCAUGAAUUGAGCCUUACUAGCUUGGGUCAACAAGCCGGAAAAAGCCGGCGGGUUAGGAUGCUACUGGCAAUGCACAAAAAGGUUGUUGUGGCAGUUGUUUACGAUGGAAGUAAUACACCUGAGGUCCCGUGGUUGAAGCAGCUUCCAAAUGCAACGUUCGUUGUUCGCCCGCGCUUCGAUUCCUUGUGUAAAGAGCUCCACAAAUUUGCCCACCAAGAACUUGUGAAAGGUUACGAAUUACCAUCCCCAAGCUUGUGUUAUCGUGAUGUGAGUGAUAGCAGAGUCAAGGGGUUGGACGCCAACUUUGCGUCGCGGCUCAAGUUUUUUCGCGCGCUUCCGCCGUUAUCGCUCGGCAGUGCGAUUUCUCUCAGUUUUCGCUUCGAGAACUUUGCGGCAAAGCAGGUGCCAGUGCUCAAGUUUAAUGAGAUGCACUGGAGACGGAUGCUGCCGUGGAUAUCGGAGUCAACCGCGCGACAAAUCCAGGAACACGUCAAGCAAAAUGCGCAGCGGCAUUGA